CCCAGCAAGCUUUGCUUCAGCAGUGUGUGUUUGAGGCUGUGAUACAAUUUUCUUGAGCUUUUCAUAGUUAGUAACAUUGUCACGAAUCCUGUGGUCUCACAAUGAAGGAUGUUACAGGAUUUCUCAAACAGCAGCAGAGUAAAAGCAGCUCUCCUGAACUGGCUGCAGAAUGGCACACGUUGGAGGAACUCUACAACAAGAAGCUGUGGCACCAGCUGACCCUCAAACUCACAGAUUUUGUCCAGGACCCCUGUUUUGCUUCAGGAGAAGGCCUAAUCAAGCUGUAUGAAAACUUUCUUAGUGACUUUGAGCACAGAAUCAAUCCACUAUCCCUUAUGGAAAUUAUUCUCCAUGUAGCAAGACAAAUGACAGAUCCAAAUGUUGCCAUAUCAUUUCUUGAAAAGACCAGGGAAAAGGUCAAGAGCAGUGAUGAAGCAGUGAUUCUUUGCAAGACGACCAUUGGCAGUCUCAAGUUAGAAAUAAACGACCUGCCGGCAACAAAGAAAUUGAUUGAAGAGGUUGAGGAGAUGCUCAAUAACCUUCCUGGGGUGACGUCAGUCCACGGGCGAUUCUAUGAUCUCUCCAGCAAAUAUUACCGCAUCAUAGGAAACCACGCCUCCUACUACAAAGACGCUUUGCGCUACUUGGGCUGUGUGGAUGCAAAAGACAUACCAGAGGCAGAGCAGCAGGAAAGAGCCUUUACUCUGGGACUGGCUGGCCUGUUAGGGGAGGGCGUGUACAAUUUCGGAGAGCUUUUAAUGCAUCCCGUGUUGGAAUCCCUGAGGAGCACAGAUAAACAAUGGUUAAUAGACACUCUUUAUGCUUUCAAUAGUGGAAACGUGGAAACGUUUCAGUCUUUCAAGACUGCAUGGGGACAACAGCCUGACCUUGCAGCUAAAGAGUCAAGUCUGAUGCAAAAGAUCCAACUUCUCUGUCUCAUGGAGAUGACUUUUACUCGUCCAGCCAACCACAGGCAGCUAACCUUUCAAGAAAUUGCCUUGAGUGCUAAGGUUCCAGUAAAUGAGGUGGAGUUGCUGGUGAUGAAGGCCCUGUCUGUUGGUCUGAUAAAGGGCAACAUUGAUGAGGUAGACCAGAGAGUUCACAUGACCUGGGUACAGCCAAGGGUACUGGAUCUACAACAGAUUAAGGGAAUGAAUGAUCGCUUGGACCUCUGGUGUGGAGAUGUUAAAAAUACAGCCAUGCUGGUGGAACAUCAAGCACAUGACAUCCUGACAUAAACCUGCUGUCAGCUCUGUAAAGAUCUGUGGUGUUAUUGUUAAAACAGAGUGUUGUAUAAUUUAACUUGGGAUGUUUUUAAACUGUCUGAAAUUGUAAUACUGGUGAGACUCCUAUAUAUGUUUCAGAACAGUGACUGUAAAACAUACAUGACAGUAGCACUCGACACAAUGGAAAUUCUUCCUUUUUUAUAUAUACUAUUUGGGGUGCCAUAUGUUUUUAUGGCUGUUUUUAAAAUAUGUUUUAAAUUUCACUUUUUUUUUUUUUAAUUACCAGUUUUUAUUAUUUAUUUUGUAUAAAGCAUAUUUCCAGUAAUACUGUACUUUGCUCAUCCUAGUCAAUAAAAUAAGCCCUAAACAGUGUGGUACCUAAUUUAUUUUGUCAGGAUAGUUUUUGUUCAACUCUCAAAUGAGACUAGCUUUAUUGCAAGCGAUAAGAUUUUUAUAAACAAAAUGAUAUGUUCGUAUGAGAGCCCAUUUGUUUUCAGCCCCAUUGAAAGCAUUGAUCCCACUGUCACCUCUCUGAGCAGUCUCAUACAGGUCUACAGUGUAGAGAUCUCUUCCUACAGAAGCAGUUUGUUUGGAAAAAUGUCUUGGGAGGACGCACACACUGUUCAGAAAUGGUAGGAGAAAAAAAUAGAUUUUUACUGAUGGUUUUUUUAAUUUUUUUUUUUUUUAAAUCUAGAAAUUGGCCAUUGGCGAUAUAACCAGCCUUGCUUCCAUGCUGUAGUAGAAUACAUUUUAAUAUUUUUGUAUUGUUUUAAACGUAAGCAACAAACUGAGUGAGACAGUCAGAUACUGGUCUUAGCUGAUUUUUUUCCUCCUGCCAAUAUCUUGACAAGUGUUGCUAGUGGUUUGACAGAAACAGGUCUGUGACUAUAAUUGUGCUACCUUUGUCUUUGACCAACAAACUGUCGCCCUCAAGAAACGCUUUUGAAAUGCAAAUAAAAGAAUAGGAGUGUGUU